AUGUUGUCUUUAAAACGGGAGCUUAUUGGUCAGCAAGCUAUGUUUACAAAACCCAUUCAAGAUUCAAAAAUAGCUAAAGAAGUUAGUUAUGAAAUUUCUCGAAUAAUAGCAAAGCGAAGUCGCCCCUUAAAUGAUGGGCAUUUUGUAAAAGAAUGCAUAGAAAUUGCCGCUGAGAAAAUGUGUACAGAAGCAGCAAAAAACUUUGAGAAAAUUCAACUGAAUCGUAUAACUAUCCAAAGGCGAAUUAUGUCUUUGUCAGCACUCGAUGAAUCCACUGAUAUUAGUUCCAUAGCUCAACUUCUGAUAUUCAUACGAGGUGUUACUCAAGAUUUUGAACUCUUAGAAGGGUUAUUAGGAAUGUGUUCAUUGAAAGGUCAAACCAGAGGAGUUGAUAUACUCAAUGUACUUUUGGACGAGUGUUCAAAAACUGAUUUGGACUUAUCAAAAUUAUCGGGAAUUGCGACUGACGGUGCUCCUUCGAUGAUUGGUAUCAAUUCUGGACUAGUUACUUUGCUGAAAAAGUAUCUGCAAGAAAAAAACAUAAACGCUGAAGAUCUCAUGCAGUUUCACUACAUUAUACACCAAGAAGCCCUCUGUUCUAAAAAAAAUUGA